AUGACCAACCGACUACUUCGGCGCAAACAAAUGGUCAUUGAUGUCCUUCAUCCUGGAAAGGCAACAGUACCUAAGACGGAAAUUCAAGAAAAACUAGCCAAGUACAAGACCACACCAGAUGUCAUAUUUGUAUUUGGGUUCAGAACCCAUUUUGGUGGUGGCAAGACAACUGGCUUUGGCAUGAUUUAUGAUUCCUUGGAUUAUGCAAAGAAAAAUGAACCCAAAUAUAGACUUGCAAGACAUGGUCUGUAUGAGAAGAAAAAGACCCUAAGAAAACAGUGAAAAGAACGCAAGAAC